AUGGAUAUUGAAGAGCGUUUAGAAAAAGCAGAACAAUCUGAUUCCCCAUCUUUAGUUGGAUCUUCCAUUAGAUCAGCAGAUGAUUCCACUCAUAAGAAUUAUAUCCACCCAGAAAAAUAUAAAUCUUCUAAAGAUAUUAACAAAUUGAAAAGAUAUUCUAAAUUGAAUUCAUCAAUUACCGCAUCUUUGGACGAUUUGAUCAAUGAAGGGGCUUUGUUAGGAUCAGAAGCUGAUUUUGACAAGUUUUUAGAUCAGGAUGGCGGUGUCAAGACGGAUGCUCAAUUUACACCAGAAAAAAAGGUUACUCUGGAAGAAACCAAUGAUGUUACAGACACUAAGGGUAAUGAAGAUGAAGUUUUGAAAAUCCUGCCUGAGAAAAAGCAAGUUCAAGACGUGCAAGUUGCAGAAUCUUCACCCGAGAAAUCUUCUGAAACUGAAUCAUUGGUAAUUGAAUCUGAGCCUGAAAGUAGUACUGAAAACACCGCCGGCAAAACUGAUGCUUCUUCCUUCUACAAACAAGAAGAUUAUUCAACUCCAAACUUAUCCGAAUUUCAAUUAGAACACGAUAUUAAAGAUCACAAUGAUUUGAUAGACCACGUUCAAUCUUAUGACUUACAAAAAUUGCCAAAUUCCAAUUCGAAUUUCAAUUCAAAAUUUAGAAAUGAUGAAGAAGUGGUUGCUGCUACGUCAUCGCAGCCUACGUUACUUUCUCCUGCCCAGCAACAAAGAUUAGAAGGUGGAUUACAUACCCCUUACUUUCAUACCGAAAGACCAAGAUCUAGAUCAAGGUCUGCUAAUCCAACAUCCAGGGUCAGAGAAAGAUCUUCCUCAAGAAAUUCAACUGGCGCGGGAAAACCACACUUGGCUCGUGGUGACUCUUACAAGAGUACUCAUGAAGAAGAACCUUCGAAAUAUGAAUUACCAGCCGAUUUAACUCAGGAAGUUGAUGAAGCCAAUGAAGAAGAACCAGAUGAAAGACGUUCUAGACAAUCAAAACCAACUAUGGGUGAAUCUAUUGCUGCUGCUGAAGCCAAAGCUGAAGCAUUGGGUAAAGCUGCUGAUCCAGCAUUUGAAGCUGACACUCCAUUAACUAGAGAUCCUUCAUUAGUUACUACUGGUGAUUAUACUAAUUUUGAAGUUGACACACCAAAGAGAGAAAUCCCGUUGUCAGAAAAUUUCUAUACUGCUCGUUCUGCUUCUGCUACCAAUUAUCUCCGUUCGAUUUCACGUUCUAGAUCUGCAGCUAGAAAUGCAAACUCAGUAGUAGGAAAAGAUGAGAAAAAUGAUUCCAGCACUGAUGCUUUAGUUAGAGAAGGUGCAUUGAUCAAUGAUGAUCCAUAUUCUACUAUUGAACAAUUGGAUACUAUGGUGGAAGAAGUUUUACAAAUUAGUGAUAAUACAUUGGUUCUGGAUAAGAAAUCAAGUGAUACAAAAGAAAGUGAUAAGGAAAAGUCCUUACAAAAAUCUCAAGAUGUUGACAAGAAGAAGGAAUUGGAAGCAAAGACCUCAAAGAAGACAGAAGAGGGUAAAGAAUUGGCUGCUGAAAAAUCAAAGGAUGUCGAUGUCGAUGACGAAAAAGAAAAUCAAAUAGAGAAAGCUAAGAAAGCUGAAAACAAGGAUGACGCUAAAACAGGUGAAAAGCCAAUUACUCAUGAAGAACUUAUUGAUGAAGAUAUCGAAAAAGCAAAGCAUCAUAGUAACGAAAAAGAUGAUGCCAAUACUGAUGUUUUAGCUGAAGAAGGCGCCUUGGUCAACGAAGAUGAUUACGAUUUGGUUGAUAAAGAAGAGUUGGCAAAAGAAGGAAUUGUAACUUCAGAUUCUCUUGAGGAAGAGGAGGCACCUUUAAAUGUCAAGGAAAAAAAAUCACAGAAAACUGUUGAUGAAGAUGCUCCUGAAGAUAGCAUAAAAAAAGAUUAUGAAAAUCCUGUUUUAGAUGUUGAAGCGAAAGAAAUUAAGAAGGUUGUUAGUGAUGAUGAUAUUACUAGUAGUGAAAAAGAAAUAGUCAGUGAACAACCAUUGGUGGAUGUUGUGGAAAAAUCUACAAAGGAGACCGAGAAGGAAGAAACAGAUGAACCAACUAAAGAAGAAUUAGCAGCAUAUACAAAAUUAGAAGAACCAGAGACAAGCAGUACCACUGUGAAAUCUGAAACUGAAGAAUUGGAAAAAUCACUUGCCGAAGAACAACCUUUAGAUAUUAAGAAGAAGGAAGUUGUCGAAACUAAAGAUGAACUCGCUCCAAAGGAAUCUAAAGAUGUUAAAGCAGCUAGUGCUGACGUUACUUCAGAAUCCAAAGAAGCAGCAAAAGCUGAGGUUCUGAAAACCAAAGAACCCAAGACAGCAAUUGAAGAUGAUGAUUUGGAAGAUUUGGACAUUUCACCAGAAGAAAUUCGUAAACAUCUUGAGUCACAGCCAGUUUAUAUUUUUACUUCAUUAGCAGGUGGUAUGCAAAUUAUACUCAGAACAAAUAAUUUGGCAGCUAUUUUACAAGGCAAUGGAAUUAAGUUUGAGUAUCGUGAUUUGGGGACCGAUGAAGAAGCUAAGAAGAUUUGGAAGAGACAAGCUAAUGGCAAGACUUUGCCAGGUGUUGUUAGAGGUGAUGAUUACAUAGGUAAUUGGCAAGAAAUCGAGGAUGCCAAUGAAGAAUACAGAUUAAGAGAGUUGUUAUAUGAAACUUUAUAG